GAUCAGUUCAUCGAGAUCUGGCAUGCAAUCCUGCAAUCCUAUUCAUUAAAGUCUGCGAAGAUCCUCGCAUCUUUCUGUCUAGAAGGCGGCCCGGAGGCGGUGUAUCUGAAGAAGUUCAGCUUGGUUGAUUAGGUUUCAGAGCACCGUCAGCGGUUCCAGGGCAGCCAUGAACGAGAUGGAGGUGGAACGUCAAAUAGACCAAAUGGUCAGCUUCAUUAAGCAGGAAGCCGAGGAGAAGGCAAACGAGAUCUCAGUGUCAGCGGAGGAGGACUUCAACAUCCAGAAGCUGCAGCUGCUGGAAUCCGAGAAGGCAAAGAUCAGAAAGGAAUAUGAGAGGAGAGAGGGGCAGAUCGAAGUGAAGAAGAAGAUCGAGUUCUCAAAGCAGCUGAACGAGUCGAGGAUCAAGGUGCUCCAGGCAAAGGAGGGCUCUGUACACAGCCUGGUCAAGGACGCCCACAAGCAGCUCCUCACCAUCUCCAGCAACAAGAAGCAGUACAAGUCGCUGCUCACAGAUCUCACUGUCCAGGCGCUAUUCAAGCUGCAAGAGCCCAAGGCAGUGCUCAAGGUGCGCAAGGAGGACCUCUCUCUCAUCAAAGAAGUCCUGGAGCCCGCCAAGAGUAAAUUCACCGAGGUGUAUGGCAAGCCUGCUCCAGAGAUCAGCGUGGAUGAGAAGAAGUUCCUGCCGCCCGCGCCCAAGGACAGCGAUGACGAGGACAGCGAGUCAUGCACGGGUGGAGUGGUGGUGUCUUCCUCAAACGGCCUGAUCGUCUGCUCCAACACUCUGGACGAGCGGCUGCGCAUCGCCUACACCCAGACACUGCCAGACAUCCGCACCACCCUCUUCGGAGCCGUCCAGCGCGCUUGAGCCUCCGCCCUUCAUGGGACAUUCUUCAAAUUCAAUUCUGGAUCUGACCUAGUUGAAGGAUUGGAGCCUGUCACUUAGGCGGCCCAGUGACUGUGGCUUUAACAGUGUCCAGUCACUUGGCAGGCAAAUCGGGUCCCAGCUGCAAACUCUGCUGCAUGCGCCAGAGGUGUAUCUGUUGCAUGCAAGUCCUGGGGUGGAGAAUAAGUCAAAGCUGGGUGUCUUGCAAUGCGCCAAGCGGCCGGCAGUAAUGGACAAUCACCAAUUGUAGGGCUCAAUGCAUGCAGUGCUCAAUGCACUGCGCAGUGAUAGUACUUGGUGGCCAUGCAUUUGUCCAAUGAAUCCAAGCAGUAUGCAGUAUCUGAUGGUCACAACAAAAGGCUAUGCAUUUUAGUGACAUAUGGGGCGUGCCACAUUUCAGAUACCGGCUAGUAUAGGAGUCUGCCUUCUUAUCAAUUUCGCCCUUUUGAGGUCAGGUCAGGCACAGACGAGGGUCAAGUGUGCCUCUUUUCGUUUCUUACAAAAGUGGGGUAAUGCACCUGUAAGGACUGGUACAUCCUUGGCUG